AUGCGGCGGGCGGUGGGAGACAGCAACUUCCUGCUGGCCAACGCACAGGGCCCACGGGGCUUUCCCAUUGUGUACUGCUCUGACGGAUUCUGUGAGCUCACAGGCUACGGCCGUACCGAGGUCAUGCAGAAAACCUGCAGCUGCCGCUUCCUCUAUGGUCCGGAGACCAGCGAGCCAGCACUGCAGAGGCUGCACAAGGCCCUGGAGGGCCAUCAGGAGCACCGGGCUGAAAUCUGCUUCUAUCGAAAGGAUGGCUCAGCCUUUUGGUGCCUCUUGGACAUGAUGCCCAUCAAGAAUGAGAUGGGAGAGGUCGUGCUUUUCCUCUUUUCCUUCAAGGACAUCACUCAGAGUGGAGGCCCAGGACUUGGCCCCUCAGGAGGCCAUGGUGACAGUAAUCAUGAAAACUCGGGCGGUUUUGGUAGGAGGGGAGCCAGCUCAAGACUUCGAUCUGCCAGGAGGCAGAGCCGUACUGUCCUACACCGGCUGACUGGCCAUUUUGGCCGCCGGGGCCAGGGAGGCAUGAAAACCAACAAUAACGUGUUUGAGCCAAAGCCAUCAGUGCCCGAGUACAAGGUGGCCUCCGUGGGGGGGUCCCGCUGCCUCCUCCUCCACUACAGCGUCCCCAAGGCCGUGUGGGACGGCCUCAUCCUCCUCGCCACCUUCUACGUUGCGGUCACCGUUCCCUACAAUGUCUGCUUCUUGGGCGAUGAUGACACCCCCAUCACUUCCCGACACACCCUUGUCAGCGACAUCGCCGUGGAGAUGCUCUUCAUCCUGGAUAUCAUCCUGAACUUCCGCACCACCUAUGUGUCCCAGUCCGGCCAGGUGGUCUCUGCUCCUCGUUCCAUCGGUCUUCACUACCUGGCCACCUGGUUCUUCGUUGACCUUAUUGCUGCUCUGCCUUUUGACCUGCUUUAUGUCUUCAACAUCACCGUGACAUCGCUGGUGCACCUUCUGAAGACGGUGCGGCUGCUGCGGCUGCUGCGGCUGCUGCAGAAGCUGGAGCGAUACUCACAGUGCAGCGCCGUGGUCCUCACACUGCUCAUGUCCGUCUUCGCGCUCCUCGCCCACUGGAUGGCCUGCAUCUGGUACGUCAUCGGGCGCCGGGAGAUGGAGGCCAAUGACCCGCUGCUUUGGGACAUCGGCCCCCGGGCUGAUGCCUCCUCUGGCACCACACCCACCACCCCACAUUCUUCCCUCUGGCCCUUCCUCCCCAUCAGUGCUGUGGGCUUUGAGAAUGUGGGGCCUUUUUGUGGAACUGAGUCAGAGAUACUUCCAACUCCAACUCAGAGAUGUCUGAGUGGCAAAGUAGUAGGUGGUGGUGGGAUCCUCACCCAGGAUGGCCAGCACCAUGUUGUCUCGAAGCACCUCAAGCGAGCCGGAGCAGACGUAGUAGUGUGCCUGCAGGGCGUCCCCACGGCGCAACAGGUACUCGCCUGGAGCGCAGAACGAGGUCUUGAUGUGCAGGGAGAGGGCCCGCAGGCAGCCUCUGCUCGCUGCUGCAAACAGCGGCAGCUGCAGGAUCUCCCGAUUCAGGUGCAUAGCGAUGUCAGCUCUCAGCUCGUCUGGGAAGUCACGCAGAUAGUGGAUGGCAUUGAGGACUCUGGCAGCACAGCGGAGGCCCCUACCUUUCGGUUCAGCAGGAGGCAUGAGCACGCUAGGCCCUGCUCACAGGCCCCUCCUUCAGGGACCAGGCCCAGCCAGGAACUGGCCACUGAGGCUGAGGAGAUGAAGGAAAAGGUCUGCAGGCUAAACCAGGAGAUCUCCCGCCUCAACCAGGAAGUGUCUCAGCUGAGCCGGGAGCUUCGACACAUCAUGGGCCUGCUACAGGCUAGGCUGGGUCCCCCAGUCCACCCAGUAGUCUCGGCUCGGCUCCCAGACCCUCCUGGUCCCCAGCUGAGGCCUCCACGCAUCUCACCCUGCCUACCUGGACCACCGCCCAGCCUCCAGGAUACUACUUUUGCUGAGGUCCACUGCCCAGCCAGUGUGGGCACAGCAGAGAUGGGGGCCGCCCCCUCCAACCUGAGGCUCUCCGUGCUAUCCCCCUUCCCCUCAGAGCCUGAGCCUCUGGGACCUUCCCCAGUGCCAGAGGCCCCAUCCCCGACCCCAACCCUCAUGCAGCACAGCUUUCGGUCCAGGUCAGACACGUUCCACUGA